CUAAGAUAAAGUUCUGGGAUAAUGAAAAGAUAUGUGAAAGAGACUUCCAUUAUGCUUUUAAGAUGAAUACACUUUUCAUUUAUGUCUUCAAUCAAGAAUAUCCUUUACUUCCAAUCUGGACUUGGAGUUCUAGCCAAUAUGUUUCUACUGAUUUUCUAUAUUUUCAUAAUCCUAGGUGACAGAUCUAAGACUGUGGACCUAAUAUCCUGUCAACUAAACUUUGUUCACAUAAUGCUGUUCCUCACUGCAGGGGAUAUUUGGAUUGCAGACUUAUUUGAAUCCCUGAACAUUGAUAAUGACUUCAUAUGUAAGGUAACUUUUUACAUAAACAGGGUGAUGAGAGGCCUCUCUAUCUGCACCACCUGCUUCUUAAGCAUGUUCCAGGCUGUCACCAUCAGUCCCAGUACCUCACGGUUGGCAAAAUUUAAACAUGCACUAAAAAAGUACAUAAUUCAUGUUUUCUUCUAUUUUUGGUUGUUCAAUUUGUCUUUCAGCAGUAACCAGUUCUUCUCUGCUGGUGCUUAUAAAAAUGUGAGUGAGACUAACCAGAUGAAGGUCAGUAAAUACUGCUCACAGUUCCCCAUGAACAGCAUCAUCAGGGGAUUGAUUUUAAUAGUGACAACUUUAAGAGAUGUGUUUCUUGUAGGACUCAUGUUGACCACAAGCACACACAUGGUGAUUAUCUUGUUCAGACAUCAGAGACAAUGCAAGCAUCUUCAUAGCGUCAGGCACCUGAGAGCAUCCCCUGAGAAAAGGGCCACCCAGAUUAUCUUGCUGGUGGUGGUUUUCUUUGUGGUCAUGUACUGGGUGGACUUCAUCAUAUCAUCCAUCUCAAUCCUGUUAGGGAGGUACAACCCAGUCAUCCUGACUGUUCAGAAGUUUGUGAUGAAUGCCUAUCCCACAAUUACUCCUUUGGUACAAAUCAGUUCUGAUAACAGAAUACUCAAAUGCCACCAGGCUUCUUUUAAAGGGACAAUUUUUCUCUUCUUUUAAAAAAAAAGA